AUGGGAAAUUCUCAUGCCGCAAGAAAAUGCAUUUCUGAAGAAAUCGCUGAGUAUCUGGAGACAGCAAAGCGCAACUACUUAGAAAACUAUGAACAUCCCGUUAAAAAACCAGCGUCUUUAGAUGAAUUUAAACAACUGCGAACCUUGGGCACAGGAUCGUUUGGUCGUGUUAUGCUUGUACAGCAUAAAAAGACAUCCAACUUUUUCGCGUUAAAAAUCCUUGACAAAGCAAAAAUAAUAAAACUUAAACAAGUUCAACACACACUUAAUGAGAAGAGGAUUUUACAAGCCAUCGAUUUUCCUUUUCUGAUCCGGCUGGAAUAUAGUUUCAAGGUUUGUAUGUUACUUUAUAAAACUAGUAAGUAG